AUGUGCGGCUUAUACGUGAUAAAACCAACACUUUGUGGUGGGCGAGGCGUUUUCGCCACUCAUCCAAUCUCCAAAGGGACACUCCUUCAUACCAGUCAUGGACCCUACGCCUCAGUCAUAUAUCGCGAGUAUCGCAAGGAAGUUUGCGCCCAGUGUUUUGCAUAUGCGUUUGACAGCAAGCGGAGUACCUGGAGCGUGAAAGUUGAAAGACUAGCUGGGUUUUGGUUCUGUGGUGAAGACUGUAGAUCUGUUUGGGUGAGAAGACAUGUAUGGGCCGGUGUCAAUCUGGCGGGACAGAUGCAAGCUUCAGUCAAUAAACUAGACAAAACUCUCAAAAAGACCAAAGGAGCGCGAACGACGUCUUCUCCCAAUCCAUCGAUCAAUCUGGGUUCCUGCAAUAUGACCCAAGAGUCUCUUGAUCUUGCGUGGCGAGCCGCAGAACGACACACACUUCUCGAACAAUUAAGCGACCUGGAGCUCGAUAUGGUCCGCUUUCUCACUACGGCAAUGAUCAAUCGUUACGUCGAGGAUGUAUAUCAACCGUCGCCGCAAGACUACCACGCUCUCUCCGGAAAUUGGACCGGUUUAAUGAAACUGCAGAAUAAUGAACUUGAUUACGUUCGUUCGAAGCCUCAUAUCCUUGCCUCUCAUUUGCGAGUCUAUGCUUUCAUGCGAAGUGCUGUCAUUCCGAUCCUUAGGCCUUAUGUCGAAACCACGGACAUGAUUCGUCAACUCCUUGGCCGCGACCAAGGGAAUUCAUUCGGGCUGUAUGAAGUACUCGAUGACAACGAAAUGUUUGGAUACGCAAUUUAUAUUUCAGGGUCAUAUUUCAACCACAGCUGUUCACCGAAUGUUCGAAAAGAGCGCGCUGGUCGCGAGAUGCGAUUCUUCACCACACGGGACGUCCAACCCGGCGAAGAACUCUGUACGAAUUAUAUCGAUAUUAAUGAUGGUGUGAAAGACCGACGAGACAAUCUUUCAAAGGACUGGUACUUUGACUGCGCGUGCCAAAGAUGCGAAUGGGAGCUAGAGAGUCUGGCAAUGUAA